AUGAAAGUGCUCCAACAACAUGUCAGUGCAAGCGAUGCGACCCCAGAACAUAGGCUUGCGCGCUUUGUAAGUUCCGCGACCAUCGCCGCAGCCACAUGCAACCGAACGAGUGAUUACGAGUAUCGUCGCCUGAGACUUGCUUCUGCUGGCCGUCACUGCUGCCUCCGCGUGGCUGCCCCAGCGAAUGGGCAAGGCAAAUGCCCCGGCCCCGACCCCACACGGCUGACCGGUGGGCUGUGCCAGUUCCAGCUGCCUGCCACUGACACGCCAAGCUUGAACGUCGAGCAGAGCGCGUUAAAUGGGUUUGCCCUCCGCGUCUCCUCGACGCGCCUCACGAAGCUGCUUUGCACACGACAUCCGUCAACGGCCAGUGCAGCGUCCGCCCUCCCGCACCCGGCCCAAACAAUUGCCAUCUUGCUACUUUAA